GAGAGAGGAGAGCAUGUGCGGUGAGCAAUAGCUGUGGACCUUACAGUUGCUGCUAACUGCCCUGGUGUGUGUGAGGGAGAGAGAGAGAGAGAGAGAGAGAGAGGGAGAGGGAGAGAGGGAGGGAGGAAGGGAGGGAGAGCGCGCUAGCGCGAGAGAGCGAGUGAGCAAGCGAGCAGAAAAGAGGUGGAGAGGGGGGGAAUCAGGAAGAGAGGAGGAAAGGAGAGGAGGCAGGAAGAAGGCCGGGGAAGAUACCACCAUGCUGUGCUGUAUGAGAAGAACCAAACAGGUUGAAAAGAAUGAUGAGGACCAAAAGAUUGAGCAAGAUGGUGUCAAACCGGAAGAUAAGGCUCAUAAGGCUGCGACCAAAAUUCAGGCUAGCUUCCGUGGACACAUAACAAGGAAAAAGCUCAAAGGCGAGAAGAAGGGCGAUGCACCAGCUGCCGAGGCCGAGGCAAACGAGAAGAAAGAUGAUGCUCCCGUUGCUGAUGGUGUGGAGAAGAAGGAGGGAGACGGCCCUGCUGCUACCUAUGCAGCCCCAGCCACCAGCCCCAAGGCUGACGAGCCCAGCAAGGCAGGAGAUGCGCCUUCUGAGGAGAAGAAAGGUGAAGGGGAUGUGGCUCCCUCGGAGGAGAAGGCCGGUUCAGCGGAGACAGAAAGUGCCGCUAAAGCUACCACUGAUAACUCGCCGUCCUCCAAGGCCGAAGAGGGCCCUGCCAAGGAGGAGCCUAAACAAGCCGACGUGCCUGCUGCUGUCACUGAUGCUGCUGCCACCACUCCUGCUGCAGAGGAUGCUGCCACCAAGGCGGCCCAGCCUCCAACGGAGACUGCUGAAAGCAGCCAAGCCGAGGAAGAGAAAGAAGCUGUAGAUGAAGCCAAACCUAAGGAAAGUGCCCGACAGGAUGAGGGUAAAGAAGACCCCGAGGCUGACCAAGAACAUGCCUGAACUUUAAGAAAUGGCUUUCCAUGUUGCCCCAACCUGAACCCUGUCUCUCCCACCCUUUCUCUGCUCCGCUCUGAAGUUUCCUCUCCUGUCCCUCUCACGAGUGUGAGCCUGUCCUCUCCCACCUACUAGCCCCCUCUCUCUGUGUGGCAAACAUUUAAAAAAAGAAAAAAAGCGGGAAAGAUCCCAAGUCCAACAGUGUGGCUUAAACAUUUUGUUUCUUGGUGUUGUUAUGGCGAGUUUUUGGUGAUGAUGAUGCAGUCAUCUUGGGAAAUUCUUGCACUGUAGCCCAGUUUUUUGAUCUGGUGCGUGUGGCCCUGUGGGAGUCCACCUUCCUCUCUAUUCUCUCUGUUCAAAGUGUGUGUGUGUGCAAUGUUCCGUUCUAAGGAGUCCAAAAUAUUAAGUGAAUUCAAAACCACUUCUGUUUCCUCAUUUUCAAUGUGAUGGAAUGAACAAAAAGGAUUAAAAAAAUUUAAAAACCCGGUUUGUUUUAAAAGUAAAUAAGUAAAGCAAAUGUGCCAAUUAGCGUAACUUGAGGCUGUGAGGCUCCUUUUUCAAUCUGAAUAUUAAUAAAUCAUGAGAGUAAUCAA